ACUGCGGGCUCGCGGGCGGGCCGCCAGUCGCCAGUCUGCACGCCGCCGCGCCACGACGCCUGCCGCUCGCCGUGGCCGCACACAGCGCACACACGCACUAUGACCGCGGCGCACGCCAGCGCGCCUAGCUGCCAGGGGUUCUUCGCGAUUCAGACGACAGCUGUGUGACUUUUUUACUAUCGUGCGAGCCGCUCUCUGCCAGUGACUCUUACUUUUUUUCUCGAGUUAUUCAUGCUUGAUGAGACGGCCAGUAGCAUGACAGUCCUGAAGGUAAGCCAUUCCAUUCACCACCACCAUCACCAGCAGCUUCCCCCGCCGCCGAGCAGCGCCGCGUCCCCGAUGGACACUUCGGCUGUCGACUCUAGCGGCGAGGACAAUGAGAUGUCGACGCCGUCGCCGAACAGUAUCAAGGCCGCGGCGGUGACCAACAACAACAACAUAGCGACGAGCAACAACAACAGCGGGAGUAGCGGCACGAGUCCCCCGGCGCCGCCCCCGCGGCAGAGCCACAUCAGCUUUAGCGUGGCGUCGCUGCUGGCCGACACGAGGCACGACCGGCGCUCGGCGACGCCGACGACGCCAACGCCGCCCCCGGCGCCGCUGCCUCUCCUCCAGGCGACGUCCUCUGACGACGAAGACGGGUCCGAAUCCGGGCACGGUAGCCUGGUGGACGUCGAGGUCCUCCGCGAGCCGACGCCGUCGUCUCAGUCGCCGCCGACGCUGCCUCAGGUGCUCCCGCCAGGAGGCCCCGGGGGCGGCGGGGGCGGCGUCGUGGACGGGCUGCACCCGCUGCACCGCUACCACCACCACCCCCACGCGCACCCCCAGACGGCGUCUCCCGGGGGCGGCACGGUGGCGCCCGUGAGGCCGACGCCGUUCUCGGCUCUGGCCGCGGCCGCGGCGGCGUAUUCUGCAGGCUUGCAGCACCACGGCCCCCCUGCGGGGGCGGCGGCCGGAGGCGGCGCGGGAGGCGGCUCGUGGACGCUGGUGCCGCACUACCCGGCCUCCGUGUUCCCCGGCGCCGGCGCCAUGGGGCCCGCGGCAGCAGCAGCCGCCGCCGCAGCUUUCGCCGCGGGACUCGGCUCCUCUCCAGACAGCGGAGGCGGCGAGGGCCCCAAGCUGAAGUGCAACCUGCGCAAGCACAAGCCCAACCGCAAGCCGCGCACGCCCUUCACGACGCAGCAGCUGCUGUCGCUCGAGAAGAAGUUCCGCGAGAAGCAGUACCUGUCCAUCGCCGAGCGCGCAGAGUUCUCCUCCUCGCUGCACCUCACCGAGACGCAGGUGAAGAUCUGGUUCCAGAACCGCAGGGCGAAGGCGAAACGACUACAGGAGGCGGAGAUCGAGAAGCUGAAGAUGGCGGCGGUGGCGGCGGCGCGGCCGCACCACCUGUACGGCGGCGUUCCGCCCGCCGUGCCGCCCCCGCACCACGCCUACUUCCACCCGCACCCGGCGGAGGCGGCGGCCGCCGCCAUGCUCAUGGGCCACCACCCGCACCACGCGCACCACCACCAUCACCACCACCACCACCACGCCGCCGCCGUCUCGGCGCUGCUCGCCAGGCACCCGCUGCCGCCCCCGCCGCCGCUCAUCGGCCCGCCCCCGCCGCCGCCGUGCCCGCAGCAGCCGCCGCCCCCGCAGCAGCCGCAGCUGUCACCGGGUGCCGUCACCGUCGCCUCCAGGUCGCCGACGUCGCCGGUCACCGCCCCCGCGGGCAUCGGCCUCUCGUAGGACUCCCGGGUGCCACGCCUCGACAUAUUAGCGCCGUAUCCGUCGUCUCGCCUCCGACGGGACUCACCAAAAGAGACACGCAAGCUGGUCAUUCUCGUAGAAGUGCCAGACUGUCGCACUUUAACAAGUGCAGAGAUGUUGAUCACCUACAACUGUGUGUGGAUGAGUCCACCCCAAAACUUCUUUCUUCAUUUUCUUCUCUUGCCUCCACAUAGAAAUGUUGUCAAAUGAAACAUUCUACACAGUACGCAUUCUGUUUGCUCUUUCCUUUUUCUUGUAGUCUCCUGCAUUCAGUAUCUUGUAUUGAGGAAUAUUGUCAAAUGCAUGCUCCUUACAUCGGAGUUUCGUACCUGUUGAUUGUUACGCCACUUGUCACCGACAUGUUACCUUGAAUCACGGUACAGUGCUACAACCUAGCUCCGUGUAGGAUUUCAGUCUGACACUGAUGAUUCAUUUUUGGUGCAGGUGGUAAGUACUCAACUGCAGCACAAACUUCAAGUGAUCCACAUAGCUAAAAAAUGUGCCCGCUGUUCUAACCAAAUGUUUUCGAAGCAAGCGUCGAGAUCAUGGUCACGGUUAAAAAAUUUCUCAAUCAGUGCAUUGGUGUCGGGCCUGCAGCCGUAUAUUUUUUCGAGGCUACUGCUCUACAUUGUUGAGUGGUACCUGCUUGGUGCUGCUGGCCGCCAGCAGCUUCGCUGACAAUGUUGAGGAUUUGCGUCGAAGAAAUCCGCUGCAGGCCAGAGAGUCACGAAAUGAACGGAUCCGCUGGGAACCCUGAAGAGUCAUAUUUCCGCAUUCAUUUAUCUUCAUUUGACAAAAUAUACCCCUAAUUAUCGACUCAUGACCACCCUAUCUAUUCCCACCCCUAAACCAGUUUUCGUAUGGAAGAUUAUUUUCAGCAGACUUCAUGUACCGAAAAUAGAUGUGGUUCUGUAUUAUAAAUUGUAUCCGUAAUUGGACUGUAUUGUGAAGUUCCCCUUGCGUUAGGCUCGGAAACACGGUCCUUAGUGCAGUUUAAGCUAACGUUCCCUGUCAAUGGGUGGAAGUUUGAAAUAAAAUUCUACAAUCCACAUCAGCACAGUAGCGAUUGCUUUUGUUUCUCUUCCUCGAGAUCUGCCAUAUCAUUUUGGAUUGAUAAAGAGCUGAGAAAGAAUGUUCAGAAAAUAAUGUCUCUUCGAAAUAAUAAAUUAUUCAACUUUUCAGGCAAACAGUAUUAUAGAAUCAAAGAAGCAUACAAAUGUUUUCAUAUAUUUGAGGCUCUCCGUGACCUGCCGCAAAAUUGACUCCAGUGAAGAAAAACUUCGCUUGGAACGGCUGUAUAAGUGGCAUUGCUGAAGAAUCCCUUGUAACGCAUCUUAUAAAAAGCACAGAUCUUUACAUAUCGGAAGGAUAGAGUAAUCUGCAGCUCACGGUGACAUCUGCUACAGACCAAAUUGUUAUUUCCUCUGGACAACGAGGAAAGACGAAAUACCCAAUUCGAUUCCCCGAUUCUUCAUAAUUGCUACUGCACAGGCUGAAGAAAACUGCUUCAUACUAAAAUAGUUUAUACUUGGAAUAUGGGCAGUGUAUUUAGUAAUAAUGAAAUACGAGUGUUUUGUUUGUAAUGCCAAUUAUAUGCGAAAAGAAAAUACACCAGUGCGUUAUAUUUCUCGUCGUAGAUAUCAAAUCAUAGUAUGUUACCUCCGUUUGAAGUAAGUUUAGUAUUGAUUUUGAAAAGAUGCUUUCAGGACUUCCUACUUGCAAGAAAAUCUAUGAAUCACAUUUAUUGUUAUAUGCAAGAGAAUGCAGGAAUUUUGUGCCAAAUUAUAUUGCCAAUUUAAUAGUUCACUAAGGUACUAUUACGUCUGAUAUUUUCGUGCAAUAAUGAGCAAACUGUAAAUUGUUUUUGUUUUUCAUUUUAGAAUACUCAAAGCCCUUGAAUUGUGAUACCUACCACCAUAAAAGUAAGUCUCCUUUGCGAGAUGAAGACGUAUAUCACGAACCGUUCACUCCUUGUGUCGUUUAAGACACGUUUGAUAACUUUAGCUGUCGUUAUAGUACUUAAAUUAUUUUGUAAUCCUAUGAGGAAAUAGUGCCCAACAAGACAGACGAAAUAUAAACGCUGAGAACUUUUAACAAAUACAGUUUGUAUAUAUUUAUACCUAAAGCAGCGUUACAUGAAACUAACUGUAUAUAAAGUGUACUACUUAAGAUGUAAAAAUACUGAAUUAUAGUUUGUAAAAAUUGAAAAAUACAUAUUAAAUGUUUUAUUUACAAUUUA